CCCCCAUCGAUGUACCACUAUAUUAUGGCGCAAUCUGAGAUAAAUUUAUCAGGUCCUGACAUCAAGCCCAAUAAGGCUUGUGUCGUGGUUACUAGACGACGAUAUAUCGAAUAGAAAGAUAUUAUAUUUCAUAACAGCAAAAAAAAAUUGAAUACCUAUCCUUAUCACACAAAAUGCUUUUACCGAGAUUCUAACCUAGAUUCCCAUGCAUCAGCUUCGUAGACAGGAUCAUUAUGAUUUGUAAUUAAAACAGUUUUUUCCUUUCAGAUAAAAGAAAUAGUUUGCCCUCCUAUUAACAGUCCGAAAUUCAGAGAAUCAAUAGCGCGAAUGAAAUAUAUGAUAAAGCCACCGUUGCUGAGAUGUCUCAUUUUAAGUCAUAUCUGUAACUUCAUGGUUUUUAUGCAGAGUAAUGCUUUUUAUGUGUGGAUGCCUCACAUCGUGGACGAACUUUUGAGACACGGUCCGAAGAAGCCUGGCCAAAGCAUGUGUCGGAUUAUGAACGAUAUACACAACAAUAUCGAUUUGGUAUUGGACGAGUGUAUUCCGGUGCAGAUGGAAAUGCGCAUGUACCCAAUAGCGACAGUCGUCGGAAUAAUUACAGCCAAUAUAUAUGCAGCCAUUGCUUUUGGGAUGAAAAGAGGCUGGGCAAAAGCAAAAAUGUACUGUGUCAUAAUGGGCCUAUGCGCCUUGUUCAUUGUGAUGUCGGCGUUUAUACCGCACUACAUCGUGGGUAUCGUGCUGUUCGUGCCGGGCGUGUGCGGCAUCGCCGCCAACACCGUGCUGGCCGCCGCCGUGGUCGAUGUGUUCCCCACCAGCAUGAGAGCCCUGGCGAUGUGCACCCUCUUCAUGAUAGGGCGGCUGGGCGCGGCUGUAGGGUCCCAUACGCUGGCGGAGGGGCUCGAGAAGAACUGUAUCGCCAUAGUCCUGCUUAUUACCAUACUCACUACAGUAUCGGGGAUCCUGUUGUUCCUGUGGCCGGAUAGCGCAAAAGUACGGGCUACGAUGGUGGCGCAAAAUUUCAACUACUGAAGACUGUGGCAGUUGUAUAUUGGUAAAAAUACUCUCUUGUAAAUUCAUAUAUCAUUAAAUAAAAUAAAUAAACUAGUCAUUUUA